CGGCGAGGGGAUGGCCGGCGCGGCUAAGCGGGCCCGGCGCGGCGCGGCUGCCGCCUCCCCGCGCGACCUGCGCGCCUUCCUGCGCUGGUGCGCCGAGGCCGGCGUGGAGCUGAGCGCCAAGGUCUGCGUGAGCCGCGAGGGCACAGUGGCCGAUUAUGGCCUGAUGGCCAGAGAGGACCUGGGCGCUGGAGAAGUGGUGUUCACCAUCCCGAGGAGCCUGCUUCUGUCCCAGCACACAAGCCCCCUUUCUUCCCUCCUGGAGAAAGAAAAAGCCUCUCUCCAGAGUGCGUCCGGCUGGGUUCCUCUCCUGAUUUCUCUGCUACAUGAAUCCACAGUUAGCAAUUCACGCUGGGGGGCUUAUUUGUCUCUCUGGCCCCAGUUCAGUGGUUUGGAUCACCCCAUGUUCUGGGAUCCUGAAGAGCGGGCACGGCUUCUGCAGGGGACAGGAGUCCUAGAAGCUGUGGAGAAAGACUUGGCCAAUAUUGAGAUGGAGUAUUCCUCUAUCAUCUUGCCCUUCAUGAAGGCCCACCCAGAUAUCUUCAACCCUAAGGUGCACACGCUUGAGCUUUACCAGAAGCUGGUGGCAUUUGUCAUGGCUUACAGUUUCCAAGAACCUCUGGCUGAGGAAGAAGAUGAGGAAGAGCCCAACCCACCAGUGAUGGUGCCCCUGGCAGAUCUCCUAAAUCACGUGGCCAACCACAAUGGCAACUUGGAAUAUUCCCCGGAGUCCUUGAAAAUGGUCAUGACUCAGCCUGUCUGCAAAGGCCAGGAGAUCUUCAACACCUACGGAGAGAUGGCCAACUGGCAGCUCCUCCACAUGUAUGGCUUUGCUGAGGUCUACCCUGGCAACACCAAUGAUGCCGCUGAUAUCCAGAUGUUGACGCUGCUGAAAGCUGCACUUCAAGCUACAAAUACAGAAAUGGAAGAGAAACUGGUCCUGGAUCAGUGGGACUUCCUUUGCCAUCAGGAAAUGGUGGGUGAGGAAGGGGCUUUUGUGAUUGGCUGGGAGAGAGUUUUGACUGAAGAGGAGCUCUCGGUGGCAUUACAGGUGCUAACUCUGUCUGCAGAGGAAUUUGAGGAGUUUAAAGAGCAAGAGGCAAAGAGGGAUGGAAAAGGAACCAGUUGCUUCAUCCAGUCUGUUGCUACGAUACCAAAACUGGCUGCCGCUCAGAAGAAACUUCUCUUCGAUGCUACAGUACUGACGCUGAAGUCUUUCACCUCAGACUUGAAUGAGGAGGAAAUGAUGCUGGGAGACUUGCAAGCUUAUUCAAAAUUAAGCCGCCGGGAGCAGUUUGCCCUCCAGGUGCGAUAUGGCCAGAAGAAGAUUUUGCACCAGUUGCUUGAGUUGGCAAAGUAGCUGCUGCUGCUGAGAGAAUCAAAGCUUUUGGGCCUGAACAUGUGAACGAAAGGCUUCUGAGCAUCUGUUUUUGUAGGCAGUAAAGAUUAACUUGGAUGGUGUUUGUUUCUAUCUCUCAAGGACAUAAUAGCUCAGAUUUGUCUUCAACAGAAAGCUGUUUUGUACAACCAAACCCCCCCAGGUACCACAGAAGCAAAAUAAAUGUCCUUUAACAGAACACACCAGUGCUGUCCUGUGGGCCACCAAUAUAUAGAUUGAUAAUGUUAAUUUGCAAGAGUUUAAAGGGCUGGUGAUCAAAUGUCUCAAAGAUGUACAUAAAGCUGGACGUGAACUUCUGUCAUAACAUGGAAUAGGUUGGGCAGGUUCUCUUAAAGAAUUAUAGUGAGUUUGCAUGCAAUAAACAUUUUGAUAUGAGA